GAGCGUGACUUUAAUGGAAAAAGUCCCUAUGACUCAGCCUGGCUUUCAACGUUUGGAGGCUGAGCUUAAAAAUUUAAAAAGCGUUGAGCGUCCCGCCAUCAUUGACGCAAUUGCUAUAGCACGUGCAUUAGGUGAUUUAUCAGAAAACGCGGAAUAUCACGCUGCUCGCGAAAAACAAGGUUUUAUUGAAGGACGUAUUGCCGAACUAGAAAGCAAGCUGUCUCGGGCUGAUGUGAUUGAUGUCACGAAAAUGAGUGGGGAUAUUAUUAAAUUUGGUGCCACAGUAACCGUUGCUGAUGAAGAAACAGAUGCAGAAACGACCUAUCAAAUUGUUGGUGCGGAUGAAGCAGAUUUAAAAAAUAAUAAGCUUUCUCUUUCUGCACCGAUGUCUCGCGCUUUAAUUGGAAAGCAAAUCGGAGACAGUGUCGAG